UGUGAAUCGAGUGCUAGUGUGAGCAACAUUAUUUCGGUGUUCUCGCUUCGAGUAACACUUGUCCUCCUCUGCUGCUCCAUCUGCUGUGGUCUUCCUUGAGUUCCAGGCCAUGGCGUCUGGUGGGAGUAGUCUUCUGAACUUUGGAACCAACCCAACCGUCAAGCGCCUUCUGGGCUGGCGACAGGGUGACGAGGACGAAGCAUGGGGCACGAAAGCUGUGGACGCGCUCUACAAAAAGCUGAAAAAGAAUAAGCCCAUGCUGGAGGAGUUGGAGCGAGCGCUGCAGAGGCCAGAUCAGCCCAGCAAAUGUGUGACGAUACCCCGUUCGCUCGACGGCCGCUUGCAAGUCAGCCAUCGUAAAGGCCUGCCCCAUGUAAUAUAUUGUCGCGUGUGGAGAUGGCCAGAUUUGCAGAGCCAUCAUGAGCUGAAGCCUAUUGACAGCUGCGAAUUCGCCUUUUCCUACAACAAGAAAGAUGUCUGCGUCAAUCCGUUCCACUACGGAAGAGUUGAGACACCUGUGCUACCGCCCGUCCUAGUGCCCCGGUUUUCCGACCGUCCGCCUUCUCAUCGGGUGACUGGCUCGGGACCUCAGGCACUCUCCCUACCCAGCAAUGCCCAGGCACCUGGUGCCUCUCCGGCACAUAAUGGACCCACAGCUUUUGGUGCCCCAGAGUCACCUGUACCUGCUUACUAUCCAGACGACAUGCGGUCGCCCUCAUCACCUGCAUCAGAAGCUGGAAGCGCUGUAGAUAUGAAUAGCAUGGCCAAUCCACCAGCUCCGAGUCCACACGUCAGCAUUCCCGCCAACGCCGUACCCGUCCCCUACCCGGAGCAGGAUUGCUGGUGUGCUAUCCAUUACUAUGAGCUGAACCAGCGAGUUGGUGAACCAUUCUUGGCGCACAGCAGCAAGACCUCCAUUGUUGUUGAUGGCUUCACAGAUCCUAACCAGCAGCAGGACCGGUUCUCAUUGGGCCUCCUGUCCAAUCCAGGUCGUAAUAGUACCAUUGAAAGUGCCCGCAAGCACAUUGGCAAAGGCAUGCACAUGUUCUAUAUUGGUGGUGAGGUGUUUGUCGAAUGCCUGAGCGAGGCCAGCCUGUUUGUGCAGUCGCGCAACGCCAAUGCCAUUAACCACUUCAACCCAUCCACCGUGUGCAAGCUGACCAAGACACGCAACAUGAGGGUCUUCAACAACCCACGGUUUGCUGCUGAUCUGACCGAAGCUGUACACCAGGGAUACGAUGCAGUCAGCAACCUCGUCUCUAACUGCCAUUUCAGAGUGAGCUUUGUCAAGGGCUGGGGCUCAGAGUAUCACCGACAGGAGGUAACAAGUACUCCGUGUUGGAUUGAAGUCACUCUGCACAGCCCACUCCAGUGGAUCGACAAUGUCUUGUCGCAAAUGCGCCCAGACCAUCAGCCGCCCAGCUCUACAUCCUGAAUGUUGCUAUCAGGCCGUGCACUGCUUUGGUGCGAUGCGAACGCAGGUGGCGUUGGCAGUGGCGGUGGUGUGUGUGUGGGUGUGGGUGGUUGGUGCGUCCAGGUGACUCUUAGAGAGUGGUCAGUGGUGAAGAAGCAUCACUCCACUGAGGAUUAGCAGGCAGACACAGCAUUGAGGACCUGUCUGCUGGAGGUAAAACAUAACCCGAAACUUGAGUAGCGAUCGUAGGCGAUCGCAUGUGAUCUCUUUUCUAGUCUUGUUCGUACCCCUGUCCGCGUUUCUAUUACCGGUUUAUUUCUUUACCGUUUCAAUAAAACUGUGCCUUCCGUACGGUACACGAAGUUAGUCUGCAGUACGGUACACAAAGUUAGUCUGUCGGUACACGAAGUUAGUCUGCCGUCGCCUCCUUUCGGCUGCAGUCUUACGAGAGCAGUCCUGCCUGCUACCAGUCUAAAAUGUGUUUAAUUAUUGACAGACCACUUGUUGCCCACUACUUGUACAUAUAUUCCUCUCGCUCGGCUGGUGUUUUUGGAUUAUGAUGUAGGACGCCCUGCCCUGUACAUAUAUCACUAUAAUUAUUAUUACUCUACGCCAUGUCCAUUGCAGGCAAGCAAACAAAGCAGUAGUUUAGUACAUGAAUAGCAAGCAUAAAACGAUGAUCGGUGGUGGCAGAGAAUGUACGUGUGUUUUUUCUAUCGAUAUCUUUUCGGUGCGGCGAAAUAGUCUAGUGUUCAGUGCUUUUUGUGUGUUUUUGUGUUGUGUGUACCUUCUUUUGUACAUUCUCUGGUCACUGUGCGUCACCUCUCUCUGCUCUACCAGUUAACCCGUGCAGCGUUGGUCAUUUUCAGUACAUUAUAUGAAACAAUCGAUUUGUUUCAUGCUGAUAGUCCUGAUCAUUGCCUCA